AUGGCGAGUAAACGGCUCCGUGAUAUGUUCCGCCUUCAACGACUGAAGGGCUCGGCCUCCGUGUCAACAGCCCAACUGCUUCCCAACUCCGAGACCCCCAACGCGAAUUCACUCGAGGACCAUGGCGUGGGACGCGACAGCCAAGAGGUAGCUAUUGAACUGACAAAUGAGUCCAGUGCAGGAACCCCCAAGGAUUCUGGUGCGUCGACCGCCUCCAAGCUUCAAAACGCUAUCGAGCCCGAUACUCCGCCCCCCGAGGCUUCGAAGCUCUCUGGGUGGGCGACUGCUGCUGUGAUAGCGGGUCUCUCACUCGCCGUCUUCUGCCUGGCGCUGGACGGCACGAUCCUCUCCACCGCGAUCCCAAAGAUCACCGCAGAGUUCAGCUCCCUGCACGAAAUGGGCUGGUACGUGAGCGCAUACUCGCUCGCUCUAUGCAGCUUCAGUCUCGUCUACGGCAAGAUCUACACAUUCUACCCCGUUCAAUGGGUCUACCUCUUCGCCCUGGCUGUCUUCGAAGCCGGCUCGCUAAUCUGCGGCGCGGCGCCGAGCUCCGUCGUUCUGAUCAUCGGCCGCGCCAUAGCAGGUCUCGGCGGUGCAGGCCUCCUCCUCGGCUCCAUGCUCAUCAUCAGCGAGAUUAUGCCCCUUGACAAGAUCCCGCUAUGUAUCGGGCUACUAAGCGGGCUGUACGGCAUUGCGGGCGUGGCUGGGCCCCUGCUCGGCGGCGCCUUUACAGACCAUCUCAGCUGGCGCUGGUGCUUUUACAUCAACUUGCCACUGGGAGCCGUCACUGCGCUCUUUGUGUUUUUCUUCGUGCACCUGCGCCCGCGAAAGAGCCAGGCUGGGUCGACGGUCGUCGAGCGCUUCCUUCAGCUCGAUCCGCUAGGUGUAGCCGUGCUUAUACCUGCAAUUAUCUCCUUGCUUCUCGUCCUGCAGUGGGGCGGCGCAGAGUACCCCUGGAGCAACUGGCGUAUCAUCCUCCUGCUUGUCCUCGUUGGUGCUCUGACAGCAUGCUUCGUCGCCGUGCAAAGGUGGCAGGGCGACCGUGCAACGAUCCCCGGCCGCCUCAUCAGCAACCGCAAUAUCCUGUGCGCCUUGCUGUUCAUCAUGUGUAUAUCUGGCUCUCAAAUGGUCUUCACCUACUACCUCCCCAUUUGGUUCCAAUCCAUCAAAGUUGCAUCCGCCACACAGUCCGGGAUAAUGAACCUUCCCUUCAUCGUCGGCGCCGUCAUCUCCUCCCUAGUCACGGGCUGGGCAAUCGGCCGCAUAGGCUACUACGCGCCGUUCAUGUACACGACACCCAUAGUCGCCGCGACGGGCGCAGGCCUGCUCACAACAUUCACCGCCACACACACAGGCCCCGCCGCCUGGAUCACCUAUCAGCUAAUAUUCGGAAUCGGCCUCGGGAUGGGAAUGACACUGCCCAUUGUCGUCGUGCAGACGGCGCUUCCGGCCGCGGACGUCCCCACGGGGACUGCCCUGAUUACCUUCACGCAGACCCUCGCGGGCACGCUGUUUAACUUCGUCGCGCAGAAUGUGUUUCAGAAGGAGCUGGCUAGUGAGUUGGGAAAGGCGCCGCUGGCGCUGGGGUUGGAUGGUGGGACGAUAGCGAGGCUUACUAGCGUUGGCCCGCUGGGGAUUCGCGAUGUUGCGACGGCGGCUACUUUGCCGUUCGUGCUCGGCGCGUAUAAUGAGGCGAUCAUCCGGACAUUCUAUGUUGGUGUUGCGCUUGCGGCGCUUGCGGCGUUGGGGGCAAUCCCCAUCCAAUGGCUUUCUGUGAAAGGGAAAAAGAAUCAGAAAGCACAUGUGUGA